AUGCACCCGAGUAGAAGAAAAACAAGCAAACGAGUGAGAGAGUAGUGAAGAUGACCAGCUGUUGACGAAAAGAGGGCAUCGUAGUCUAAGAAUGAGUCGCCUAAAUUUGGAGCUUCGCCAUUAACGUACGACAGCGUGGGAACAUGAUCGCACUGUUCCUUCCCUGCGCCAUCACGCGCCCUUGUCUGCAUACAUGUCGACCGAGCGGCCUUCGUCAAAAUGGCAAAUCAUGCAGGACGGCCGUACGUUCUAUAAACGACAGCAGCUCUAUUCGAUACCCGGGAAGCUCCCUAAUCUUAAUGACUACAUCGUCGCUGGUUGCCGUUAUGGUGGACCAUUAGCGCUGCUACGCGACAGCUCGAAGCUCAUUGCACUCGGGCGAGCUGCUGUGCCCUCUACCAAGGCCCAAAUACAGAUAUACUCUCCCGCAGGAGAGGGUAUCCUCAUGUUUAGUGGAAAGAUAAUUCGAUUUGGAUGGACCGCGGACGAGCGUCUUGCGAUACUGAAUGAAGAAGGAACGUAUCGGCUGUACGACUUACAGGGCGAGUAUCAGCAAUAUUCUCUGGGAAACGAGGCCGGGGAAAUGGGGGUCAUCGAUGCUAGGAUACACGAGAAUGGCUUGGUGGCUUUGACGGGGUCUCUGUCCUUGCUUGAGGUCAAGGGCUGGACUGGUGCGCGUCCACUGGCGUUGGCUAAUCCAGGACUACACGAGCCUCCAAAUACUUGGGCCAUUAUACCACCGGACCUAAACAUCUCGCGACAUGUCGAAGUGCUACUCUCCGUGGAUUCUACCAUCUCCAGCGUGGACAAUUUGGAGACCAUCGACCAACGCUUGUCGCAGGGUCCAUUUACACACAUAUCCCCCUCUCCAAAUGGGAAAUCCCUCGCGCUGCUCAAUUUCUCGGGUAGUCUUCUUGUCGUAUCGUCCGAUUUCCAGAGAACUCUCGCGGAAUUCAAGGUCGAGACCGUUGUUGGCGCGGAAGGACCCGUGCGGCAAGUUGAAUGGUGUGGGAUUGACGCGAUCAUCGUGACCUGGGACAACCUCGUCGUUGUGGUUGGUCCCUUCGGGGAAACUCUGGAAUAUUUCUAUAGCGGCCCCACUUUUGCCGUCACCGAACCUGACGGUGUGCGCAUAAUUGGCCCCGACGUUUGCGACCUUAUACAGAAAGUGCCGAGUAAGUUGUUCUUUUGCUCGGCUUCAUCUACUGAUGGAGCUGAAGCGGCGUCCGCUUCUAUAUUCAGGCCAGGCUCGACAUCGGCUUCAGCUAUCCUGUAUGAUGCGUGGGAGAGUUUCUCGCAAAGAUCGCCAAAAGCGGAUGAGAACAUCCGAAGUAUCCGACCUGAACUUGCGGCCGCGGUGGAUGAAUGCAUUGAAGCUGCCGGUCAGGAGUGGGAGCCGUAUUGGCAACGCCGGUUGCUCAAUGCAGCCAAAUUUGGACGAGGUUUCUUGGAUUUGUACAAUCCGACGGACUUUGUCAACAUGGGACAGACUCUCAAAGUACUGAACGCUGUCCGAUUCUAUGAAGUCGCCAUGCCCUUGACACAUCUUCAAUACAUCUACGCCUCCCCGAGCCACCUCAUCGCCCGGCUUACGGCGCGGAAUAUGCAUCUACUUGCUUUGCGGAUAUCGACGUAUCUGUCACUCAAACCGGAUGCAGUCCUGAGGCAUUGGGCAAGUGCCAAGAUCACACGAUCGCGUCCGUCAGCAACGGGCACCGGUGCUGCAGCGGAGCUGGGUGCGGACGAUGAAGUGUGCAAGCUCAUCGUGGGAAAAUUCCAGCAGCUGGGCGGCGCUGAUGUCUCUUAUGCGGAGAUCGCGAAACGAGCUUGGGAAGUGGGCAGGGCGGGACUUGCUACCAAGACCAGGCAGCUUCUUGAUUACGAACCUCGAGCUUCCGAUCAAGUCCCGCUCUUAUUGAGCAUGAAGGAGGACAGACUCGCUUUGGUGAAAGCUGUCGACAGCGGGGACACUGAUCUCGUCUACCAUGUGCUGCUACAUCUUCAGAAACGGCUGUCCCUUGGCUCUUUCUUCCGGCUACUGGAAGAUGGCGGCUCACAGCUGGAGCCAGCCAGCAAGCUGUUGCGGGUGUAUGCCAGAGAGCAGAACCGGGAGAUGCUCAGUGAUUUCUUCUACUCUGAUGAUCGACGAGUGGAAAGUGCUGUCUUGUCUCUGGAGGAAGCGGCAAGAGCUACUGACCCCGCUGCGAAGAUUGCUGCUGUCCGAUCCGCCAACAAAUCUUUCUCAGAAGACAAGGAACGCGGAUUCGAAUCAAAGAUGACAGACGAGAAUGCCCGCUUGUUGGCUCUGCAGCAGCAGCUGGAGAAGGAAUCCGACGGCAAGGUCCAGUUCUUCGGGCUCAGCGUCAACGAUACGAUCACAGCGUGCAUUGUCAACGGAAUGGGGAAACGGGCUGACAAAGUCAAGUCGGACUUCAAAGUGCCAGACAAGCGGUUCUGGUAUGUGAAACUGCAUGCUCUGAUCUCCGUCAAAGACUUUGAGGGCAUCGACGCCUUCGCAAAAUCGAAACGCAGCCCCAUCGGCUACGAACCUUUCGUCCGGGAGCUCGUGGCCGCCGAGUUCCCCAAGGAGGCGGUGCAAUAUGUCGCCCGCUGCGACUCGCCGAGACGCGCCGAUUUGUAUGUCGAGUGUGGAGAGUGGCGAUCGGCUGGCAAAGAAUGCAAGGAUCGUGGAGACAAGCCUAAACUGGAAGCUAUCCGGCAGAAAUGCCCCAAUUCGUUGAUUGCAAGAGAACUGGAUCAGAUUAUUGCAAGUAUGAAAUAGAAAUAGGUGUACAUGAGUAUCCAUCACAUCUAUCUGUGCUUCAUAAAACAUAUCCAUCAUGAUGUGCUGAGAUAA